GGCAGCCAAUCAACUACCCCGCCAACUUUUUGGGUACCGUCUUAAGUUCUCUCUUCCCUGCUCUACGCCGUUACAGGUGUUACCCCCUGCGAGCGAGUGAUACCCCCGGUUGGAAAUGAAGUGUAUGGGCAGCAGAGGACUAUUUUUUAGGGUCGUUAUGGUCUUUUCGUUUUUCUCACGCAGCUUACUGUGGACUUUUCGCGAGGAUCAGGAUGACACCAACAGUGAGACCUGCUCAGAAAACAAAAUUGCUACCACAAAAUAUCCUUGUAAGAAACCCACUGGGGAAAUAACGACAUGUUACAGGAAGAAGUGCUGUGACGGCUUCAAGUUUGUGCUGGGACAGUGCAUUCCAGAAGACUAUGAUGUGUGUGCAGAUGCCCCCUGUGAGCAGCAGUGUACGGACCACUUUGGCCGCGUGGUGUGUACCUGCUACCCUGGAUAUCGCUACGACCGAGAGCGUCACCGCAACCGGGAGAAGCCAUACUGUCUAGAUGUGGAUGAGUGCGCCAACAAAAACGAGACGUUGUGUUCUCAGCUCUGCGUGAACACGGCGGGCAGCUACAGGUGUGAGUGUGAGAAAGGCUUCUUCCUGGAGGACGACGGCAGGACGUGCACGCGGGGGGAGAGAGCCUCGCUGUUUGACAAGUCUGAUAAUGUGAUGAAGGCCUCCAUGUGUGAGGCCACCUGUGAGGACUUCCAGCAGAUCAAGAUGACCGUGCUGCAGCUCAAACAGAAGAUAGCCGUGCUGCCCAACAAUGCGGGGAUCACCAAGCAGAUGACAAGUGAGAAGCGGCUGACGUCACAUGCCUUCCUGCAGGGGCCCCCCGGCCCUCCAGGGCCCCCAGGAUCUCCAGGACAACAGGGUUCAUCUGGACCACCAGGGAUGGUGGGGCCCCCAGGAGCUCCAGGGCCCCGGGGCAUGAUGGGACCAAUGGGGCCCUCUCCGGAUCUCUCCCACAUCAAGCAGGGCCGCAGGGGGUCGAUGGGUCCCCCUGGUGCCCCUGGAAGAGAUGGCAUGAAGGGGGAGAGAGGGGCUCCUGGCCUUUCCGGACCUCCAGGUCCUCCGGGUUCGUUUGAUUUCCUGCUUCUCCUCAUGGCCGACAUCCGUAACGACAUCGCGGAGCUCCAGAGCAAAGUGUUCGGCCGUCCCAUGCUCUCCCCCGGAGAGGACUUCCCUCCCCAGGACACACAGGACACACAGGACCCCUGGAGGGACAGCAGCAAUAUGGACAUGCAGGACAUAGGAUCCGGAGAAGACUACAAAUCCCUACCUGCCCCCAAGAGCAACAGGAAGAGGAAACAGUCUCGCAUUCUAAAUGAUCCUGAUUGGACGGUUUGAAAAUCACCCUAUGGGUGGUGAUUGGAAGUGAACUGAUUGUGAAAUUAUUAUUAGAAAUAGUCAAUUGGUGUGUUGUAAAUAUAAGAGUGUUUUGUUAUUUAACUAUACACUGUAUAUUCUCAAAAUGGAAGAAUGUAUUUCUUUUUUUGAAAAAUCUAUUUUUGUAAGAUUAAUAUGUGUAUAUUGUUCAUAUUUUUAUCACUUAAUUUUUUCCAUACCCUGAUUUAUCAAGUGUUAUUCAAAGUUGUGUUUUUUAUGUGCAUGAUUUUGUAUUGAUCACUGAAAGAACCGAAAGAUGUUUUCACCUCAUCUCAUACAGUGCUCGGAUUUGUUCAUAAUUGCUCUGUGAAACACCUACUACUACUGCUACUAUUGUUUUCAAGAGCCUCUGUAGGCAGCAAAAUAUCUUCAUCCUCCUCUCCCUCCCACCCCCACCCAUUUUCUUUUAGUUUCACUGAUCUUUUUAGCCAGUCUGGCACCACCUUGUUAGCCUGAUUUCUACCAGACCUCUGUGUGUGAGUGUGUGUGUGUGUAGAUCUGGAGCCCCCUGGUGGCGCUCCAACACACAUGGACGUCUGGGAGACUAGCAGAAUUCCAUUUCUCCAGUCAAAAAAUAAUCAGAGCAUUUAUUGCUUCCAUACCAUUGGCAGCUCGCAUUGAGGAGUCACAGGACAUAGACUAUAUUGGCGCUUUAGAGAUCAACAGAAAACUUUUUUGAAGGAAUUUGUCGAUAUUGAAGUAACAAAUGCUCAGAUUAUUUUUUGACUGAAGAAAUGGAAUCCUGCUUCAGCCUCCCAGACAUAGUAGUGAAGCUCGCGAAGGCAAGAACUAGGCAAACACCUUGUGCUCCCAUUCAGUUUCAUUUCAGGCAAAGUGAAAUAAAACUGUCUGAGAAAGAUUCACCUCCUUCCCUCUGAGAUGAUCACACUACACCCUAAACACAAAACUGGAAGUUGGUUAUCGGAUACCAUAAAAUAUUA